AUGGCAGGCGAGAAGAAGGAACCAAUGGCAGAAGAAAAAAAGGAACAGAAGAAACCGCGUCGCCAUUCUAGCCGCAACCCUGUGCUAGCCAGGGGCAUUGGCAGAUAUUCCCGCUCUGCCAUGUAUGCUAGGAGAGCCAUGUACAAGCGCAAAUACAAAGCUCCUGAGACAAAAAUCGAGAAGAAGUUGAAGGAAAAAGCUCCCUUUUCAAUCACCAAGCCUGUUGGAGGAGACAAGAAUGGUGGCACCCGUGUCGUUAAAGUCCGCAAAAUGCCACGAUAUUACCCCACUGAAGAUGUCCCUCGCAAAAGGCUUAGCCAUGGUAACAAACCUUUCAGCCAGCAUAAGAGGCGCCUGCGUGCAUCCAUCACCCCAGGGACAGUGCUUAUCAUGCUGACCGGUCGCCACAGAUGUAAGCGUGUGCUUUUCUUGAAGCAGCUUGAUAGUGGUCUGCUGCUGAUCACCGGUCCUCUGACCCUCAAUCGUGUCCCACUGCGUAGAGUUCACCAAAAAUUUGUCAUUGCAACAUCUACAAAGGUUGACCUGUCAGCUGUGAAAAUCCCCAAGCACUUGACUGACUCCUACUUCAAGAAGAAGAAGCUGCGCAGACCCAAGCACCAGGAGGGCGAGAUCUUUGACACUGAGAAAGAGAAAUAUCAGCUAACAGAACAGCGGAAGGAAGACCAGAAGACUGUAGAUUCCCAACUCCUGCCCAUUAUUAAACAAACUGCUCAGCUCCGUGGCUACCUCCGCUCCAUGUUCUGUCUGUCUAAGGGCGUUUAUCCACAUAAAUUAAUCUUUUAAGCAAGCUGUAAAGAGAUAUACUUAUUAAAAUUGGGAUUUCAACA